AUGGCUAUUUCUUCAAAUAAAACUCUUCUAGAUUUGUCAAAGCUUGAACCUUUGGAUGAAAACAAUUUUAAACGCUGGUCUCAAAAACUUUUGAUUUUCUUUGAACAAUUAGAAUUUGACUAUGUUUUAUUUGACGAACCACAUGUUGAUGUUCCAAACGUUGUUAUUGAUGUUUUUAACACCACUGGUGGUUCUUCUGCUGCUGUUGUUAUUGAUGAUGCUGCUAAAAAGAAAUUUGAAAAAGAUAACAAAAUUGUUAGAGGACAUCUGCUGAACCAUAUGAUUAACCCUCUGUUUGGUUUAUUUGUUACUAACAAAUCUACUAAGGAAAUAUGGGACAGUUUGGAAAAGAAAUAUGGUGCUGAUGAUGUAGGAAAGAAAAAGUAUGUUGUUGGCCAGUGGAUUAAGUUCCAAAUGGUUGACAAUAAGCCAAUUAUGGAACAGGUUCAUGAGUGUGAGAACUUGACUGCAGCUGUUCUGAUUGAGGGCAUGAAGAUGUGUGAGGUUUUUCAGGCCAAUGUUUUGCUUGAGAAAUUUCCACCUUCUUGA